CCUCACAACCGCAGCUCCCAGUCCUGUUGCAUCGAUCAAGCUGCCCUCAAGACUUGCCAGGCAUCACGAGUGCCGUGUCUCGUCUCGCAGACCGACUAGUAGGUUGUUUCUCCCACACCAGCAGUCCCCUUACUUAUCUCGAGGAACAACGCGACUCCUGCCUGUCCUGGCCUCGGACUUCUGUCGAUAACACACCGCACCAGCGCUCUCAGGUGAAGGAUGAGAAAGCAGUCACACUGAAAGAGUUCUUUGCAUUGGACACAACACAUCCUUGAGUGCAUUGUCACCGCGCUUGCCAUCUGUCUUGCGUGACUGUUGUCGCAUCUUGCAAGAUGGGCUGUACCGGGUCCAAGAUCAACCCCCAAGAGAAAGAGGCGUCCCAGCGAAAUGCAAGAAUUGAGCGUCAGCUGCGCCAGGACCGAAAGGCAGAUUCCCGGACUGUGAAAAUCCUCCUGCUAGGUACGGGACAUGAUUGGCGCAAUCCCGACUCGGAUGGCACUGAUAACUUCUUUUAGGAGCGGGAGAAUCAGGUAAAUCUACCAUCAUCAAGCAGAUGCGCAUCAUCCACUCGAAUGGCUUCCAAGACGAUGAAAGAGUACAAGUACGAGCGGUCAUCUACUCCAACGUUGUCGUAGCUUUCCGCGUAUUGUACGAAAUCAUGCAAGACGAAAAGAUCGAGUUCGAGGACGAGAACAACGAAGCCCAUGCCGAAUUCCUUGAGAACAUCAGCUCAGAGGUUGAUGCACACGAGGCUUUCCGAGACAAGAAGGUCAAGGAGGCCAUGGUUGCCCUAUGGAAAGAUGCAGGAGUACAAAAGGCCGUCGCCAAAGGCCACGAGUUCGCGCUCCAUGACAACCUCACCUUCUACUUUCAAAACAUCGAUCGCAUGUUUGAACCGGAUUGGACUCCCAACGACCAGGACAUGUUACACGCUCGACUUCGCACUACCGGUAUCACUGAGACGGUUUUUGAACUUCGAGAGCUGACUUUCCGGAUGAUGGAUGUUGGAGGACAGAGAUCAGAACGAAAGAAAUGGAUCCACUGUUUCGAGGGUGUCCAAUGUCUCCUUUUCAUGGCAGCUCUGUCGGGCUACGAUCAAUGUCUGGUGGAAGAUGUGAAUGCCAAUCAGAUGCACGAGGCUCUCAUGCUCUUUGAGUCCUUGGUUAACGGCGAGUGGUUCAGAAACAAACCCAUCAUUUUAUUCCUCAACAAGAUCGACCUCUUUCGUGAGAAGUUGCCAAUCUCACCUCUCUCGGCACAUUUCCCGGACUACACUGGAAAGGACGGCGAUGAGGAAGCAUCCAAGCAAUUCUUCGCCAACCGAUUCAGAUCCAUCAACCGAAACAGUGACCGAGAAAUCUACAUUCACUUCACAAAUGCCACAGACACCAACCUUCUCAAGGCUACCAUGGAGGAUGUGCAGGACAUCUUGAUUCAGAAGAAUCUUCAACGACUUGUUUUGUAAUGAUGGCGAAACCAAAAGCUUCACACACCAUUUCUACGAGGUUUCCACCUCGUGGCGGCAUGAAUGACGCGGAUCUAUUUACCUCGAAAGGGCACAUCUCCCGUCUCCACGAGACUUCUCGACGCAUACUCCGGUUGAGAGGAUCUCACUUGUCACUUCUGUAGGAGCGAUUAGUGCCAGGAAUUGACAUUUCUCCAUCAUUUCGACAGCGCUGGCGAAAAGGGCUGAUUUAUGGGCGGAUUAUCACGCGCUUCAUUUCCGACCGGAGAGGAGUGGUCGGGCAAAGUCCAAAACAAUUGGAAGGAGCUCAAAACUGAAUGGAUACCAUGAGAGAAGAAUGGUUCGGCCAAUGUGGCAGAUGGCUCGAUCGCAGAAGCAACAUGUACACACUGUACACAUUUUCUUUUUCUAGGACAGAAGUCUGGUUGACCUGACGGCGAAGCCUGUGACAGAGCAUAAUACUUUCAUGUUCGAGUACAAAGGUUUCUCGAUAAACGACUACUCGAUAAGCUUUCAUGGAUUCUGGCUGCGGAAGAGCGACGAAUCUGGAAGAGUACAGGGGCGAAUUCAGACGAUGUGACUACAUGGAAAAUGUGUGGUCAUACCCCAGUUCACCUUCACUGUGCAUAUCAGAUUCACAGAGACAGAAUUAUUCCAUUUGCACAAACCCUCUUUCAGC